CCGCUGCACUUGGCGGUGGAACGGUGGUAGUCAUAGGCUUGUGAGUCUAGCCAGGUUGUGGGAGGACUCCUGCAUCUGCAGUUCGACGCAUCAAAAAUGCCAUCAUCGCCGCAUACUCCCAGACACUCUCGGAACUCGUCCGCCUUCGAUAGCUUCUCAGGCUCGCCCCAAGCCCGAAGGCUCUCCAAGUCAUCGGUGCAAGAACCUUCCACCCCGUUCCGAAACAGCUUCAAUCAGCAGGAUGCAUCCGACUUGGGUGGAAACGGCAUGGGCAACCUAGCUGAUGAGCUUGCCGACGCCUUUUCUGACUCAGGAGACGAAGGCGAAUACACAGAUGGUGAUGCCAACAGUGACAUGUUUGGAGCUGAGGGGCAAGGGCAGGGCAAUGAUCAGAUCGACGAGAUCGAAGAUACCGAGGACACCAACAGUCCUAAAAAGCAAGGAAGUGAUAGGGCAAAGGCUAUGAACCUCACACUUCUCUCACCUCGACGGAAACACCAGCGUCAAACUAGUAAUUACGAUGGGAGUGAAUAUGGCUCGGAAUCCGACCUGGAUUCCCCUGGUAUGCCACCUGGCUUGGUGUCCAAAAUGGAUGCCGUAGAGUCGCUGGCUCGGAGAGGAACAGAGAACUACGGUGGCCCAGCAGACGAUGUUUUCAGGAGAGUGACGAACGCCCUGCGGGAUCUCGGCUCCCAGUCAAGUGUUGAAGCUAGUGCCUCAAGGUUGAUAACGGCACACUCAGCGUUGACCACGCACCUGAAUCACCAAGCUCGCCAGAUCCAUAACCUCUCCUUCUCUUUGCUGUCUCCUCUCGUUGCACCGCCGGACCCAGAGACUAUUGACGACUUGAUACCGUUGCUCUUAAACCUCUCUGAUGCCAUGCCACGGCCUUCAACAUCGGCCUUCAACUCCUUAACAAGCCUUCACACCCUUACAACUGAGCUUGUCCAAAACCUCAAUUAUCUCUCUGACACACUACACAUGUCUCGCCAGACAACGACAAUGGCGACAAGAAGACUGAAGAGUGCAAAGGAGAUUGUGGCUGAGAUGAGGAGGGAAGAGGAGCUUAGGGAGGAGGGCGAGCGAUGGUUGACAAGGGGCAAUUGGGGAGAACGUCUGGAGAAGAGAGAAUGUGCAGGAGUGUGUGGAGAUGUGAUUGGCGGAUUCGAGGAGGUCUGCAAUGGAUGGCGAGAGAGACUGCUCGCGCAAGCAGAGGCCCAAGCAUGAACAAUGGAAUGAGU